CACCAACGUACUUGCGUAAUGGAAAAGUGUCGAUUUUAAUCAGAUUAGCAACACAAAUAAGUUUAUACGUUAUUCGUAUUUUUUCGUUUUAUUAACCGCUGAACAUCGAGUAUUGUAACAACAACGAAGAUCCGUAACAAAAGGAAACUAUACUUACUGUUUCGAUGUAAAUCGUGAAGAAAUCAAACAUCUUUAUAACGCUAAUAAGUAUAUCAUCUUAUACUUUGGGAGUUCUGGGACUAAUAUUUCGACGCACACGUCGCUAGAGCUUGUAUAAGUAUAUAAGUAGUUAAUGUUAAUACUUAUACACUCUGCAAUUUUUGAGUGUCAUUUCAACGUCAGCUGAAAUGCUAUAUACAUAUAUAUACCCCCGGCCCCGGACGUAUUCUAACCUCAAUUUUAUUGAUGCGGCGAGAGAUUGGUUAAAGCGACUCUCAUCAGUGGUAUACACAUGCGCGUGUAAAGCACAUGAUUGAUUUUUUAAAUCUUACAUCAUGGGUAAAAAUCAUAGGCAUCAGAAGCAAUUAAAGUCUGAAAAGGCCAAAGUAAAACUAAAGACUAAAGGAACAAAACAACCCUUGCCCAAGGGCUUAAAUAUAACUGAUGCUAGUUUCAAGGUUAAGAAAAUUGUUAUUCGUGAGCAAUUGAAGCAACAGGAUGCAACUCAGAUUCUUAGUCGUAGGAAACUCAAUGUGAAAGAUCUCUUAACAAGAUUACAACAUUAUAAUUCUACUGUAAGACAAGAUGCAAUCAGAGAAUUAAAAGAUAUUUUGUCUCAACAUGCUGCAGAUGUUCUGAAUGUGCAAUUGAACGAAUUGCUUAAAGGAAUUGCAGGAUUAGUUCUAGAUAAAGAAAAAGCUAUUAGGAGGGAAGCUUUGAAGGCUCUCAAUUUGGUAUUAAGUCCAGUUUCAAAAGAUCAACUUCUUCCUUUCUGCAAUAUUCUUAUUUCAUACUUGACAUGUGCGAUGACUCACAUCGAUCAUAAUAUAAUGGAGGAUUCUCUUCUGUUUCUUGAUAUACUCAUACAGCACUGUAAUAGUUUUCUUGCAGACAAUAGCCAAAAAAUUCUCUUAUAUUUUUUGGAUAUGAUUUCCAAACUUCGAUCGCAAGCUCAGCCUGGGCGACAAUUAACAACAAAUUUGAAUUCAAAGAGUACAAGUAUGAAAUGGAGGAUAAAAGUUUUAAAUAGCUUGCAGCAAUUCUUAUUGGCAAUUGUACAGAAUAAGAAGAAUGCAAAAGCCAAUACAACAGUAUUCUCUUCAAAAGUAUAUCAGGUGCAGGAUAAAAAUGGCUAUUAUCCAAUCUAUUCACCAAUUUCUCUGCAGGCUUGUCCUAUCAAUGUUACAACUACUCAUUCAUACAGUAAAAUCAACAAAUCUUUAGAUUUAGAGGCGUUGCAGAAUUAUAUUGACUUACUGAUGCCAUUGAUGUUUGACAGUUGGAUAGAAGUUAGCCCUAAAUCUCAAAAUUCCUCUUAUGUUCAGUUACCUAUUUCUGAAGAAGCUGGAUGUCUUUUAAGAUGUAUUACGAGUAUAAUACAGUCUAUAAUUGAGUACUUAGAACUUCUUGAAAAGGAUAAUGGGACACUUAAUUCAAGCACAUGGUUCAAGAGUAAAUAUCAAAAUGUGUUUAUUAAAAAUCUUCUUCAAGACUUUCCUUACGUACAACAAAAAUCAGGUUCCAGAGCAAAGAAAUCUCAAGUGGAAAUAACAAUAAGUUCUUCAGGGGAUUGCUUAGAGCAAAAUUUGACUCUGAGUUACAUUUAUAUCUGGUUUACGACUAUAUCCAGCAACAUAAAAACUGAUAAAUUAGAUCAAGAAUUAAGUUUAAGAGUUCUUCAAUUUAUAACAGAUAAGCUGGAGAAGUGGAACAAUAAUCAGACGUUUGCAGUACCUUAUUUGAUCAAAGCUCUAAGAGUUCUAUUUUUAAAAGCAAAUAAAAUUUGGUACAAAAACAAGGUUCCACUUGGAGAUAUUCUCAAGAGUGUCAUAAAUGGAUAUUUACACAAGAACAGAAGAGAUUUAGAAGUGCAGUUAUUUGCAAUUCUUAGAGAAAUUGUUAUGGACCACAAUUUGGGCCUAUUGCACAGUGAGGAUGCCUUUAAAGACUUUGUCAAAUCACUUCCUGCUCUGCUACUUGAGAAACAAAUCUAUGACAGUACGAUACAAAUGCUUAACAGGGUGGUGUUACAGUACAGACAAUGGAUACAAAAAGAGUUGGAGAAAAAUCACGACGCCAUCAUUGAAAAUGCGCGGAGCAUUCAAAUAGUGGGAUCCGAUGAUGAGCAGAAUUCUCGACUGAUGAUUUGCAAUUUGUUUUACUUUAUGGACGAGCAGGUUUAUUAUUGAAAAAAACACAAUAAACCAGUGACUCAGUCGACUCGAUUCACGUCACCGGGCUCGCUGUGGAAACCGAGAUUGUCUACUCCGACGUAGGAACGGCUUAUGCUCGGUAUUUGCUCCUCGUUCUCAUUGACGAUGCACAUGGAGAUGGUGGACUCGGCGAUGCUGGCUUUCCUGGUCGAGUUGAUGAUGUUCUCAUAACUCGGGGUGAUGGGCAAAAUCGGCAGCUCGCUGCUGAUCGGCGGCCAGUUGGGCUUGUCCUGGAGCUCGUGCUCUAGCAGCAGAUACCGCUUCUUCGACUUUUCGGGCUUGUAGAACCGUGGCUUAAUCUUCUGCUGGAUGAGGUACUCGACGACGAACGACUCGAAGCCUAUGCAUACGAGAAAGUUUACGAAGGCCAGUCCCACGAUCAUGAAGCGCCAGUCGUAGACCGGCGGCAUCUGCAGCUCCAGUAGAUCGACCACCCAUUGCGCCGGAUAGAUCGUGAUGUAAGCAUUAACUAUCGUCAGUACGACGAUCGAGAGGAUAAACAACUUGUUCGUGUAGAUGGGCUUUCUGUAUGGCUUGCCCCGCGAGAAGACUAUUGCAAUAAUGGCAUACUGAAAGGUAGACAAGCAGAAGACCGAGUAGUUUUCGAGGCAGUCGUAGAGAAACUCAUCCUUUGGCGUGAACGGCGUGAACCAGUCGAACUGUUGGACCGCAUAGAAGACGAUGAGCUCGAAUACGGCUAUGAUUAUAGUGUGUAUCGUUAGCGAGAAGAGGGGCGUGAAGCUGACGAGGCUCGAGGUAGGUGGUUCGCGGGCCAGCCGCUUGUCGUACGCCUCGGUUUUGCCAAAGAAAAAAGCGAAGUUGACGAAGAGCAUCACGUCCACGUAGAAAAACUGCAAGCCCGUGAAGUUCGAGCUGAUCGAGUAGAGGAUUAUCGUGCUGAUGAACUCGGUCAGGGAGUAGCAGACCGUGAACUUGAAGAUACCGAAGGACGUGACCAGGGCUGCGCGACCUUGCUGGAUUACCUUUGAUACGCAGGUGAUGUCCGGGAUGCGGGAUGUGAAUGGACUAGCCACGCUGGAAUUCAGAAUUAUACAAGAUGAGAAAUUGUUUUCUUUUCUUUUUUCAAAAACUACUUAUUGCGCAAUAUAAUUGCAAUUUUCUGGCCUACAUCCACACUAAAUAAUUAGCAGCGAUACGUUAAAGUUAACAUACGCUUCGCACGAGUUUACGAUUAUUCACAGUAAUUUUCCAUUCUCGGCACACUCUGCAACAACUCGAAAUCAAUCAAAUAAGUUGCAGCUAACUACUGACUUUUUUCAUUUAAUGGCAACAAUUUAAUCGUUGAGCUUGAAAUGCCCCUGCAAUCGUACACGCAUUCAUAAAUCAAUCAUGAAUUUUUUACUGCUCCAUUACACUGCUAGGUCAAAAUUUCGAGCUUCGAGCUCUCGCAGAGUUGCGUCGAGCGUUGGACUUUUGAAAAAAAAUGUCUCACCUUGAUUCCGCUUCGGAAAGCGAAAUCCCAACGUGCGCCGCUCUCAACGCGCCGCAGUCGUUCGCUCCGUCCCCGCACAUAGCUGUUGAGAUAAGUCGAGCAUGAUUAAUUACAGUUGUACAGAAAGCGGUGUAAAAUAUUUUGUAUAAAUCAGCAUUGAUUAUAGUAUAUAAAGCGCAUUUGAAAAAAAAA